UUUCAAGGGGAGUAUGGAUUUCAGGAGUGGUUGGUUCCAGAUGGAAGUGCGGCAGCUCCAGACAAGAGAAGGGUUAAAGUUGUGAAUGGUGCGGGGAGUCGCACAGGCAAAUAGCUAGAGCACAAGCAGAAGGCUGGCACUGAGCUGUGUCUGAGCGGAGCAGACGUAGAGACGCGAGUAAAAGCUGCAGAGAACGGGCUCCUGAUACAAUGGCUGCAUUUACUAUGUGGGGGCGGCCUGCUGGGAAGACACGACCAACUGCAACACAAUGGGAUAAUCAAUAAAAGGAAUCUGCAGCAAUAUUUCACAAGUUCCAGCGCUCCCCCUUCCUCCGCUACACUCCAGAGUUACUGCUCGAUGUAACCCAGCCCAGUCCAGCAGGGGUAAAUAAACACAGUGAGGAGAAGCAGCAGCAGUAGCCGCCGGCUGGGCUGGGUGAGAGCAAACGCUGCUGCUGACACAGAGUAACAUUUCAUUUGAAUGACAAGUCGGUAUCACACUGGUACCUCCCGGUACAGGUGCAAAUAGCCGGUGCGCUGCUACAGUCUGAUACAGUCUGAUACAGUCUGCUUGUGAUUGGUAUGUCCGACGCUUCCCCAGACUGCCAGAUGGACGAGGAGGAGAGACACCGAGACAAGCUUCCUCCAAUCCUGUGCGCAGCCUCUGGGGGAAUGGAUAGAGGAGCCAAGGGGCAGUUCUCCACGUUCAGCAAUUUCAUUUCAACUAUCAACCAGAAGAAAGAAGCCGCUGGGAACAGAAACUCGCCUACUCAGAUGGUUUUACCUAAUUACAAAAAUGUCAGAGACCUUCCUCCUAUUUGCCUUGAUGUCAGACAGAAGCAGUGCAUUUCUAUUGACACACUGCCGCCAGAGAUGAAGGCCUCCAUACUUCCCGAACCUCAAAUUCCCAUACGCAACAAAACUCUGAAGGACUUUCAGGUGGAUUUGGAAAAAGCAAAAUCAACAGGAGAAUGGAGGACAGUACAUGACUUUUAUCUAACAACAUUUAAUUCAUUUUUGGAAAUAAAUGCUGCAUUUAAGAGAGACGUCAAUUCUUUUGUUAAUACUAUUGAGGACUCCAGGAUCAAUACAAAAUUUCUGAAUGCUGUGUAUGACACCUUAUUAACAACUUCUCAAGAUAUCCAGAAAACCGUUCUUAAGGGAAUUAUUAACAGUCUGUUAAGAGAAUGGAAAGGACCAAGAACAAAAGAUGACAUAAGAGCAUACUUUAUUCUAACACAGAAUCCACAGUUCAGUAGCCCGUCUACUUAUGUCAUCUACGCCCAUUUGCUAAGGCAAAUCGCCACCCUUUCUGACACUGACCAUCAUUUUCUAAUUCACUGGUUUAAAAAGAUGUCUCAGAAACGCUUUAAGCAAUUGGUGGACAGGCUGCUGCAGUUCAUUUCAUUGCGACUCUUUCCUGCAAAGCCAGAAGAAUUCCCACCCCUGGCGAAAUGUACCUGGUGGAUUCCCUCUGCAACCAAAGUUCUAGCUUUACUAAAUGCUGCUAAUACCCUUUGUAACCAACCUCCCAUUCCUUACACUGAUUUUUAUAACUCCACUUUGGAUCUUAUUGAUCUCAUGGAAGAAUAUCAGACGUGGCAGUUCUAUGGAAACUCUCACAGAUUCUCUUUCUGUCAGUUCCCAUUCAUCAUAUCCAUUGCUGCCAAAAAACUCAUUAUACAGAAGGAUUCUGAGCAGCAAAUGAUCAGUAUUGCACGGCAAAGCCUUGUGGACAAAGUUUCUCGACGGCAAAAACCCGACAUGAACAUGCUGUUCUUGAAUAUCAAAGUGAGAAGACUUCAGUUAGUCAGUGAUUCACUUGAUGAGCUUACCAGAAAAAGGGCUGAUCUGAAGAAAAAGCUGAAGGUCACAUUUGUGGGAGAGGCGGGCCUUGACAUGGGUGGCCUUACCAAAGAGUGGUUUCUCCUGCUCAUCAGACAGAUUUUCCACCCAGACUAUGGUAUGUUUACAUAUCACAAGGAUUCAAAUUGCCACUGGUUUAGCAGCUUUAAGUGUGACAACUAUUCAGAGUUUCGACUAGUUGGAACUUUGAUGGGUCUAGCUGUGUAUAACAGCAUCACAUUAGAUAUCCGCUUUCCACCAUGCUGUUACAAGAAGCUGCUGAGUCCUCCUGUUGUUCCUUGUGACCAGAACAUGCCUGUCGGCAUUGCACCUGUCACUCUUGAUGACUUGUACCAGAUUAUGCCAGAGCUGGCUCAUGGGUUAAAUGAGCUUCUGUCUUACGAUGGUAACGUGGAAGAAGAUUUUUAUUCAACAUUUCAGGUUUUUCAGGAAGAGUUUGGGACCAUUAAGUCAUACAAUCUCAAGCCUGGUGGAGAUAAAAUACCUGUAACCAAUCAGAAUAGAAAAGAGUACGUCCAACUUUAUGUAGACUUUCUCCUCAACAAGUCUAUCUACAAACAGUUUUCAGCAUUCUAUUAUGGAUUUCAUAGUGUUUGUGCUUCCAACGCAUUAAUGUUGCUUCGUCCAGAAGAGGUGGAAAUUCUUGUUUGUGGAAGUCCUGAAUUAGACAUGCAUGCGCUCCAGAGAAGCACUCAGUACGAUGGCUAUUUAAAAACAGAUGUCACUGUGAGAUACUUCUGGGAUGUCGUUCUUGGAUUCCCCCUUGAGCUCCAAAAGAAGUUGCUACACUUUGCUACAGGCAGUGAUAGAGUACCAGUGGGGGGGAUGGCAGAUUUAAAUUUCAAGAUUUCAAAGAGUGAGACACCCACUAACUGGUUGCCUAUAGCACACACUUGUUUUAACCAGCUUUGCCUGCCUCCAUACAAGACAAAGAAGGAACUGAAGCAGAAGCUGACAAUUGCGAUUUCAAAUGCUGAAGGCUUUGGCCUACAAUAGGACAGUGCCGGCUCUGCUAAAGGAUUAAAGGUUUCUUGAUUCCUGUGCCAUUUAAUUUAUUGUUGAACUACUUUGCACUGAGAGCAGCAGAGCAGACUACUCGUCUACGUUUUUCUUUUGUGCCUCAGGUUUCAGACAGAAUAGACUGAUAGACCCUAAACAACAUUACCUAGAGGUGUCUCAUUUAGAAUCCUUGUAACCUGCUGUGCGUUCAUGUUAUUCGCCAUCCUUCUUACGGUCAGAAGUACUGAGAAAGUGUCCUUGUACUAAGGUUUUACUAGCAGGUUUAGGUAAUGAAGUUUUGUGAUGAUUUAGAGACAUUUUGUAUUGUUUUCCUACAAAACUUUAUGCAGGUCACUGAAGUUGCCAAAAUAAUCAUUAUUCUGUUGUUGGUUUACUAUGCUUUACUAAAAUGCAGUAAAGCCAAUAUAUUUAUUUUAAAUAGGGAAUAUAUCCCUUUAGGACAGACGCCUCUGCACAGAUUUUGUACUUUUACUGCUAUUAAUUAAGACAGAAAUUGCUAAUUCCAUUUGCAUUGUGCUUAAAAACAAGCACUGCACUGUAUCUAUGGUCUGCAUAUAGACUUAUACUCACCUUGGGUAAGCAGGUGUAGCAACCUUCCUGCUCAGUUGGCAUUUCUAGUUUGCAAAAGCUAAAUUGCUUGAGAUUGCCAGACUGAUCUUUAUUUUAUUUUACAGUUAUUUAUUCAUAUAUGAAUAUUUUCUGUUUUUUAGACGGAUAGAGAGCAUGAUUUACCCUGCCAUUUGUCUGUUUCUCUAAAGAUCUGGGGAAUCUAGGGCUGGGUCACACACUACAUAUACUGAUUCCAGAAGUGCUGGCAUCAAGCACUUCAGCACAUGUCUCUUCCUUUCCAUGUGUUUUGUAUGUUGGCCAAUGACAUUCGCUAACAUGGUUCAGCCACUUUUAUCUAUGACAUGCAAAUAAACUGCAGAUUGCAUCUGCAUCUCAAAUCAGACUUCCAGAGAACUCUCUAAAAGUCUCCUAUUCUCCAGAAGGUAAGGGUUCUCCGGAAGUCUCCAGAGUUCCGGAGACUUCUGGGGAUAGCUAGAGAGUUCUGGAGGCUCCUAGAGAGACUUUAUUAGACUUCAAAACUCUAGAGACUUCCAGAGAACUCUCGAGGAGACUUUCAGAGACUUCGGGACUCUGGAGACUUCUAGCGUUUUGGAGACCUCUCGAGAAGUAUUGAGUUCCGGAUACUUCCUGAGAAGUCUUGAGUUCUGGAGACUUCUGAAACUUGGAGAACUCUUGAGGACACUUUUGGAGACUUUGAAACUCUGUAGACUUCUGGAGAGUUCGGAAGACUUCCAGAAAGGAGACUUCUAGAGAGUUCUGCAGACUUACGGAGAACUUUUGAAGUCUCAAAAUGUUCUUCAUGCACCACAAAAAAUUGAUGUGAGAGAUUUUAAUUUUUAGGAACUAAUGCCCUAUUGAAAAAAGAGCCAAAAACUGAAUCGCGGGUUUUUACUGGUGAGACAACCAGAGAAAAUUUUUGAAUAUUUCUUAACAGAAAUGGGACAUUUAGGCUAGGUCAGCAAGUUGUGUGAGAGAUGUGAUACAAUUGUUAUGCAUAUGUGGAACACAUAACCAAGAGUUUUCCUACAUAUCUGGUACCUUAAUUGCCUUUUGGAUUGGUAAAUGAUGCCAAAAUAUUUAAUCACCAAUGCCAAACAUAUAUUUUUUUGCAUCUGAGGAGGCAAAUUAGUCAAAACUGCUUAGACACAGACCCAAGGGAAGCUUGAUAGAGAAUAAGCUCAGACCUUCUGACCUAAAAUUAGACAGUAGGGUUUGAAGAAGAGAGUUUUUUUUAGCCUUCUCAUAUAGGAUUUUGUGAUGAUAUACUAAUGAUAUCUAAAACUCCACUUCAGUGCACGUUGACCCAUUCAGUUUGGGUCAAUGUUUUUGCUCUGCUGGAAGCACCUUCAACUGUACAGCGAUGUCACAUGAGUGUAAAUAUAUGUUUCUUUUUUCCUGGAUUUGUUAUGUGUUCUGUGAUUCUACAGGACUUAUGACAUUUGUUCUACAAACCUAUUUCUAAUGUCACGCUAAGGGGCAGAUUUAUCAAGGGUCGAAUAUUAAAUUCCAAUUAGAUUUCGAGUUUCAAAAUUCAAACAUUCAAAUUUUAAUCCCCCUAUUUAUCACACCUCGACCACGGAAACAGUCCUAAUUCACCACCUAAAACCUGCCGAGUUCAUUUCCAAGUCAAUGGCAGAGGUCCGUUAAGCCAUUUGGAGAUGUUUUUUUUUUUUCGAGGAAAUACUCAUUUCGCACGAAUCAAUAUGAUUCGAAUUUCGGGUCAGAACCAUUAGUUUGAAUAUUAGACAUUCACAUUUUUAAAUAACCUCCCAGUCAAAUUGUGAGUAUAUUUGAAUUUAAAAAAAAAAAAAAAUCAAAUGAAUUCAAAUUCGACCUUUGAUAAAUGGGCCUCUAAGUGUUGGCAUAUUGAUGCAAGACUGGCCUCUUGCUGCGGGUGCGUUAUUGUUGCUAGCUUAAAUUAUAGACUUGCAAGCAAUAUCAAUAGUGAUGGGCGAAUUUGCGCCAUUUCGCUUCACAGAAAAAUUAGCGAAACGGUGAAAAAUUAGUGAAACGUCGGCGGUGUCUCGUUUAUGACGCUGGCAAAUUUUGCCAGUGAAUUUUCAAAGCGGUUUCGCAAAUUUAUUCGCCGGCGGCGGAUCGCACAAAUUCGCAGCGAAUUCGCGCCUGCCGAAUAAAUUCGCCCAUCACUAAAUAUCAAGACUGCAAUGUGUACAUUUCGUACAUGGAUGGUAUUUUCAGACUAAUUCCAUGUAGAGAGAGUUUGGACAGAGGGAUCGUGUUUGCAGUUGACUGUAUAUAAUUUAUAAAACGAAGUAGAGUUUUAAUGACUUUUAGAGAUUUAUUUUUUACAAGAUAAAUCCAUUGUUUUAAGGACGUGGCAUUUAUCUUUCAAAGGAAACGCUUUUAUACAAGAGGCUGAUAUUUUCGGAUAUCUGAAGUUAAGGUCAAACUUCAGUGAUGUCGUUUAACGGCAGUUGAUGUGGUUAAAAUGUAAUGGCCGCAGGUUAAAGAUCUGCUUGAUUAAGAAGUUUUGCAAUAAUGUAACAGACAACAUUAGAGGGAAUGGAAAGUGAUAGGCUUUUUCUGUUCCUGAAAUGGCUUUUUACAGAGUGCCGUUUUAUUUUAUAUUUUCCUAUUAUUUAUUAAAAUAGCUGAAUGUUGAGCAUCGUAUUCUAUAUAAAUAAAAGGACAAAAGCAAAGACACACAACUGUGUAAAAUCGCUUGCAUUCAUUGCAUAGUAUUUAAAGGUAAAGAGCAAUUAUAAAAUGUGUUAUGAGCAAAAGAUCAUUUGGAAAACAUGAGACUUCAAGUGCAUGGGGGUAAUUUAUUAUAAAGGUUCAACAGCUGCAAGGCUACAAAAAGUGCUGCUGGCGGUGCAUUUUUGAAACUUGUCAGCAUUAGUGCCUAUCACCAGGACUUCUGCUCAGCUACAGCGAGACCCUCCAUGUUGCCAUUCUGAGCAUGCGAGCCAAAAUGGCACCUAUAGUGUAAACCUAUAUAAACUCUGCGAAUAGCCCUUGUUAGCAGAAUAGCUUGGAUAAAGCAAUUUGUUUUUUAAAAAUGUCAAGCUCUGUAGACCAAGAAAAAUAUCUACCAUCUCUAACACAAUUUUCCAUACGCAAAGCAUCAAGAACCCACGUGCCCUCUCAGUAAACAUUAAUAACAGCAUAAUCCAGCCAAAGAAAAAGGUGCUACUGGUGCUGAGCAAUUGUCUAUCCUGGUGGUGCCAUUUGCUUUCGCUGUUGUUCCUUUUAAUAAAUUACCCCCAGUUUGUCCAUUUGCUUUUCCUGCAAAUAUAUCAUUUCCGUUGUAGUCUGUAGUUUCUCUUUGUAUUUGUAGAAAUCAGAUGCAGACUUUGCUUCUGGUACAUAACAAACUGCAGCCCCGUUUGAAAAGAAAACAAUGGGGGAACAGGUUGUUAGACACAGGAAUGACCUAUAAGUCUUUGGGGAGUACGUUGGGUGUUCGGGGUGCCUGGAUCAUGUACGGAUUUCUCCCGGUAUUACCAAUGUUAAUUGCUCAGAACCAUAUUCCCGCUGUUUGAAGGGAUAAAAAAAACAUUUUUAAUUAUACUUGCAUUUAUUUUUAUUUAGCAAAUUAUGAUUUGCACGAUACAGCCACCCUAAAAUUAUGCUUGGACUCACUAAUGAGUCUUAGUGCUUAGGGAACCAGGGUGCUGUAGAGGAAAUCCAACAGCAGCCAUAUUCCCAGGGCUGCUUAGUGGGGACGACCUAGAGAUUUGGGCAGCUAUAUCACCUAAAAUCAAGUUAAAAGUCACCCCCAAGGAAAGGGGCAGUGAGAUGGGUUUUAAAAAUGUUUGUCAUCCCUUGUAUCUAGCAUGUAUACACUCCAUAUACACCUAUAUAUAACACUGCUGCUGCUGCCUGUGAUCCUUAACAAAGCUUUAUUCUUAGCCUUGUUCAGUUCAUUGAAGAUUGCCUUGGGUUUUUUUUUGUUUAAUUUAUUUGAUAUUUUGUUUACUGUAAAAAAACAAUACCUCAAAUACAAACUACUGUUUGCAUAAAUUAUACGUAAAGGGAAAAACAUGUUAACGCAUUUUGUACACAAAUAAAAAAAAAAAUUCAGCAUUUUGCAUUUUUUGUUGAAAAAGUAUUGCGCAUCAUUCUGACAUAUCUCUGAAUUUGCUUAUAAGAUUUGUCUGUGAAGCGAGUACAUCAGCGUUUCUCAGCCGUUUGUUUGUGCCCCCAGGUGGUGUCAUGUUGUAGAACAGCAGAUCCACAAUGUUAUAUAGCACCCAUAAAGAAACAUUUGCUAAUAGAAGGGGAAACCAUGUACUAUGUACUAGGGUGUUUGUAUUCUUUCAUCAUUGACAUGCUGCAAGUUUAUUGCCAGACAUAAUUGAAAUCCGUUUUAAAAUUUUUAUUAUUUGUUUAAAGUGGAGUCUAUGGGAGAUGGCCUUCCCGUAAUUCAGAGCUUUCUGGAUAUCAGGUUUCCGGAUAAUGGAUACCAUACCGGUAUGAGUAAAAGUUGCACAAUAUGUGGUUUUAGUCUAUUAACUUUCGGUGUAGGCUAGCUAGACUGAUACUUAAUUGAGAUACCUUGCUAUAGUUUCUUUUCUGCAAAGCUCAGUUUUUUUAUUUUUUUUUAUUGGGCGAGGUUUUAAAAAUACAUAUUGUGUGUCUUCACCAAAGGGCAACAGCAGCAAGAAUGAUGUCUGGAGGAAGAAAGCAUGCAUGCACCCGCUUACAGUUUAAAUAUAUCCCCUUGUUCACUGCACCGCAGUGAAUCUUCAGUAGUCUUCGCACCAGAUUGGUCAGUGGCUGUGAUCUCUAGUGGCCACAGCAGAAGCCAAUCAGAAAGGAGUACCCAUGGUGCCUAAGGGUGGUGGCAGAUGUGGCUACUGGAGGAGACAAGUCGCACAGCGACAAAUCGGCUUAUCUUCGGGCGACUAAUCUCCCCUAAAUUCCUUUCCGCCGGCUAGAAUGUUAAUUGCCGGCGGGAUGGCACUCGGAAUGCUUCAUUUUCCAAAUUUGCCUUUGGGUGAUUCGGAAAGCUGAAGAAGAGGCGAUUUCCACGUGUGCCACCACCCUAAGGUCAAAAAUUGGCUCCUGCUUUGGCUACAUGACUGCUUGUUGGCAACCAUGUUGGUUUGAAGAGGACUGGAGAAUGAGCCUUUACCUCCUCUAGCAAUGGAGAUUUUCACUUGGUGGCAUGCCAUUUGUAAUGGUUUAUAAUGUCACCCUUCCUUAAUCUGUAUCCACAAGCAAUGCCAUUGCAGAGAAUAUGUGUGCCAGCUGGGAUUCCUACAAGAAACGGCUGAGAAACAAUAAAACACUGCAAUCUGUUGUUUUUGUCCUGUUGUUAUUCAUAAGAAAGCGUUUUUUCUCCUUAAGCACCUCUGUAUUCAUGCAUCGUACCAGCUUUUAGAUCUUUCUUACUGAAUGUUUACUUUUCAUUUAAUAAAACUGUGUUUUUCA